UUCCCGUGCCGCCCAGCUGAUGGCGGCCAGACCGGGCCUGCUGCUUCCCGUCGUCAGUAGUCGGGCUGUGGAGCAGCAGCAGCAGCCGCCAGCACAGACGCCGCUGUCACCUUCGGCGUUAGCGUCAGCAGCCAGCAGUAGCGAGGACAUUAUUAUUAUGAUGAUGAUGAUGUGUUUGCGUGUAGGCAGUGUUAAACUGAAUAACGACGUUCAUGGGCAUGGGUUGUUAUUGUGGCUUUAACAGCGCUGUCGUGAUAAGUAUAAUUUAUAUAUCGUGUUAGGUUUAUUAACGUGUACUGUUGUUGCUAUUAUUACUCCUACCACGACUGUUAUUGGUGUUUUGUUUUUGUGGAUCGGAAUGAGCUCCGGAGUGAACAAAAACACGAAUGGCUCCUCGGCCUCACCGACCAAGCCAGCGCCGUCCACCACCGUCUCAACAUCGACAUCAGCAAUAGCUCCACCGUCCUCGGGCGGCAUCACCUCCACUGGCCGUGGCUCCAGCGGCCAUCAUCAUCAGCAGCAGCAACUUAAGCAGAUCCUCCAACCCUCGGGCACAUCGACAUCGUCUCCAGGUGCUGCUGGUGGUCGUCCCAGCAGGACCCAGCAGCAGCAGCAGCAGCAUCAAGAAGGAAUCCCCGUGGCUGGAGCAGCGACCACCCAGCAGACAUCACCGUGGGGCCCGCCUUGUCACGAACGCUACGCCUGUGGGGGGGCCGCCCUGGCCGAGAUCGAAUGUGACGAGUGUGGCUCCUUGCAGUGUGGGGACUGUUCCACCUUGCUGCACAACCAGCCCAAGGUAGCCAAUCACGACCGGCGGCGCCUCGUGCCUCCACUGCAGCCAGGGCGCCCUGCUGAGGCCACCCCAUCUGCUGCUGCUGCUGCUGCUGCUGGUGGUGGUGGAACUGCUGGAGCCGUGGCGACUGCAGGACCUGGAGGGUGGCAAGGCCCUGCGCCUUGCGAGGCCGAAUCGUGCCGGCCGCGACAGAGGGCCACCAUACGCUGUGAGCCGUGCGCUGUCAACAUUUGCCGCGCUUGUGCCGACAAGGCGCACAACGGACGAAAAAAGCACAGCCUGGUGGCGUUGGCUGGCCGUGGGCGGCUGGACGGGCCCAUGGAGCAGGAGGGAGAUAUGGCCAGGAAGAGCCGGAUGAAUGCGGUGGAUGCGAAGAGCUUCUUGCUGGUGGACGAGACGGAGAGGCUGCAGAUCUCCUCAGAGCAAGAGCUGAUUGAGAAGCUCAGUUGCCACGCGGAAGACCUGCUCAAGGUGGUGUCGAUCAUAGGCAACACGGGCGAUGGAAAGUCGCACACGCUCAACCACACGUUCUUCCACAAAGCCGAGGUCUUCCACACGUCGGCCACGCAGGAGUCGUGCACGGUGGGCGUGUGGGCAGCAUACGACCGCAACAACAAACUGCUCACCAUCGACACCGAGGGGCUCCUGGGUGUCACGGCCAACAGCAGCCAGCGCACGCGACUGCUGCUCAAGGUGAUGGCCGUGUCGGACGUGGUGCUGUAUCGCACACGCGCCGAGCGACUGCACAGCGACCUCUUCAAGUUCCUCGGCAACGCGUCGGAGGCGUACCUCAAGCACUUUACCGGCGAGCUGCGCGCCACGUCGGCCCGCUGCGGCAUGGAGGGCCCCCUUUCCGUGCUGGGGCCCGCCAUCAUCAUCUUCCACGAGACCCAGCACACCAACCUGCUGGGGCAGGGGGAAGGCCAGACGCCUGAGGUCUUGCUGCAGCGCAACUUCAAAGAGCUGAAGUGCACGCCGGAGGCGUUCAGCACGGUGGAGUACGUGGGCACGCGCACCUUCAACCCCCCGACAGACUUUGGCGGACUGUUGAGGGUCAUCCAGUACCGCCUCAAGAGCAACAGCAAUCGCGCCUCGCGCACCCCGGGUGUCAUCUUCAAGGCCCUGGAGGCGCUGAGCGAGCGAUUCAGCGGAGAGAUUCCUGUUGGCGACAUGGCUCGCAGCUCCUUCUUCCCAGACGAGUACUUCACCUGCUCCGCGUCCUGCCUGAGCUGCGGGCUUCGCUGCCGUAACAGCAUGAACCACCACAAGGACGGGGUCCAGCACCUGGCAGAAGGACGCUGCAAGUACAACUACCAGUGCGACAAUCGCGUGUUCACCUGCAAGCAUUGUUAUGAGAAUGGGAAGGAGGUCAUUGUGGUCCCCAAGACAUCGGCUUCAAAUGAAUCGCCGUGGUUCGGCCUCGCGAAGUACGCCUGGUCCGGCUACGUGUUGGAGUGUCCCAACUGCGGCGUGAUCUACCGGAGCCGCCAGUUCUGGUACGGCAACCAAGAUCCCGAGGACACGGUCGUUCGUACGGAGCUGAAACACGUGUGGCCCGGGGCGAACGGCUUCAUCCGGGAGAACCACAACGCAGCGCAGCGGCUGCUGGACGGCGUCAACCUGGUGGCGCAGUCGGUGUCGGACAUUAGCUCGGGCCCGGCGCGCGCCGUCUCCGACUGGCUCACGGACCAGAUUGCGCCGGCCUACUGGAGGCCCAACGCGGUCGUCAUCGCGUGCCACAAUUGCAAUAAGCAAUUCGAGGAGAAGGACACGAAGCAUCACUGCCGGGCGUGCGGGGAGGGCUUCUGUGGCGCCUGCUCGUCCCGCUCGCGGCCCGUGCCCGAGAGAGGGUGGGGGCCCAACCCCGUGCGCGUGUGCGACGCCUGCUUCCAACUCGCCCGGCCCCAAGAACAAAAACAACAGGCGGAGGGGGGCGAGGAAGACGAGUCGGGCAAGGUGAUGGUGCGGAAGGUGGGCGAGGUGGUGCAGAACACGCUGGGAGCCGUGGCCACCACCUUCAACUACCCACUGGGCCUGGUGAAGGACGUGGCGCGGCCAACCUACUGGGUCCCCGACCACGAGAUCACAUCCUGCCAGGAUUGCAACAAGGACAUGACCUCAGGGAAGCUCGCCAAGCACCACUGCCGCGCCUGCGGCAAGGGCUUCUGCAACGAGUGCUCGACGGCGCGACGGCCGGUGCCGUCACGAGGGUGGGACCAUCCCGUGCGGGUCUGCAACACCUGCAGCAAGUGCAAGGGGGAGCUCUGAGACAACCACCACCUCCUCUUACUCCACGAUCCUUUGACUCUAAACCUCUUGACUUCUGCCUUCCUCCUCCUGCUCUUCCCCCUGCCCACUCACAUUCUUGUAACUGUUGGAAGCAAGGGGCGAUGUUUGGUUGAUCCCCCUCCCCAAGUGGAGAAGUCUGGAUGUGUCGUGAGAAUGGUUGUGCGGUGACUUUUUCUGUGUUAAUGCGAUUCAAGAAUCACUGCAGGGAACCCCGUGUUUGGUUUCCAAUACCCCGUAAGACUCGUGCGUGUGUUUCCCCCGUGUAUAAAUAAGGGAAGCCAAUAGAGAUGGAUUCAAUCAGGGGAGUUAAUGAGUCUGCGAAUUAGGUGGCACAUGGUUGCUUUGGGAGUCAACUCAUUGGGGAUGCAUUAGUUGUUUUAGAGUUGUGGUGGAAUAAUUGCAUGGCUGGUUUAUUUGGGAGAUUAUCAUCUUUCUUACGAGGACCAUGACUUUGCUUCCUUCCUAUUGCAGCCCAUCGAUCGCUUGCUAAAGAGGACCGCAGUUGCACAAAAGGUAGAACUGCAGCUCCGCUUAAUUGCAGGGACUUGAAAAUAAUUCUCAGAAUGGAGGACGUCGCUUCGUAUUCAGGGAAGUACCACUGACGUGAUGGAACGUGGCUCUGUAGUGGGCAGGAAGCCAAUGAUGCUUGCUUUCGUGAAGACGGCUUUGUAAUAACUGAAUUUGCUAACAGUUGUUGAGCAGAGUGACCAAGGAUGAUGACUUGGGAGGGUGAUAAUCCCAGUGGAUAGCCAAACAUUUUCAAAAUCACUCACCAUUCACAUUGCCACUGACACUUACCAACUGCAUUUCUUUACCUCUGUCAUCUGCGGUGUGAAGAGAUCUGCCUACUUUUUAUCCAAACCAAACAGCCUCUCUGAGCCGUCGUAUCUUCCAAGUUGUGAGGUUGAUGUAGGUGCUUGCAUCGAUUGCAAUUUAAGCUCUUCCUGUCCUUAUGCGUCGCCUCUCCCUCUGACUCCUCCCUUUUGCAGUUAUGUCUCUUUAGACCAACUUCGCUUUUUCCUUUGUUGGCUGCGACAGAUUAACAUCGGUAUGACUAAGUUUCACACCGUUUUGACACCAGCAGACAGUUGAUGAUCUGUAUACAUGUAAACAAGGAAAUAACAUUAUUUCUACAAAUUGCACUCAUCCUAGGCUCUGGGCACUCUACAAAGCACGAUAAUGCAAUGUGGACAUUUUUACUGCUUGUGCAAAUUGCAUAGACAUAAUGCACAUGAAUCUUAAGUCCAUUUUCAUCAAGAUAGUUAUUCCUAAACUCAAAAUUGCUUUUAUCGGGUGUUGUCACAGACAUUAGAGGUCAGUAUUGUAUCUCCUCCCAUCAUUCACUCAACACUUGCUUUUUCCUGUCUUCCUAAUGUGGAAACAAUAUUGAGACGAGUCAAAUAAAUCAAAUGCGCUUGUACGAGAUAACCUAACAUGUUGUUACGUAGCAAGGGCCGUGGUUUUGUUAUGUAUGUUGAACUUCUUUCGCCCCGUAUGUAGCCAACCGUGCUAAAGUUUAAAUGGAUAUGUAUUAUGUAGUCUAUCAUUGGUGUGAAUGUCUGUUGGCAACCCCAACAAUACAAAACACCACACCCCACAGUGCUGUUCGAGUGAAUGGACAUGCUCGUCAAGUGAUUAGUGUUGGGAACGACUGGCAGGUCAUUUAUCCAGUCGCCAUGGUACCAGGAUUUUUAAAGUACAUGAAUCAUCAUACCAGCAUUUAUUGUUUAAAAUCUGAACUGUGUCAAUUUAUGCAAAUUCUGAGCCAGGUUUUGCAAUGAGUCGACAUCAGCUGUGCCCACUAUGAUGAGCACAAGAUAAUUGUAAUGAUAGCAUUACAUCUUCAAAAUCCAGUCUGGCCCAUGAAGCAAUGUAUUAUGUAUUUAAUGAUUGAUAUUUCUGCUUUCCCGCAUGGUGGACAACUCAGAGUUCACUCUGCAGCUGACCCACCUAUGGGGCUAAUUCAUAAUAUUUUUCGAGUAUCAUUUUAUCUUGUUAUCAACUGCUAACGAGACGCUGAUGAUGACCAUACCAUUUCAGCUAAGCUGUUUUAGAGAAUGGGGGUACAUCUGUGGGUUAUCUGACCUCUAGGAAGUAACUCCUCUCCAUCCCUAUACAACCUCAAGGAUUACAUAUCUAAAGCCUUUAGAGCACAUGCCCAGCGUCCGACCCUGUCAUUGACAAUCCGUGAGCGGCAACUUAGUGUUGGCAUGCGUGUGCUUUGCAUUGCUUUCCCUGUUUAGUAGUUCACAACUUAUGUGCAUAACCCAGGCAAACCAAGCACCACAGGCCGUGGAAGGGAGACUUCAAAUGAUCACAUUUGAAGUUUUAAGACAGUCCUACCUGGACCCAGCAGCUGUUAAGUGGGGUAUAUAUAAAAACCACGCAAAGACCCAUUUUUGCUUGCACAAAUAUUUUAUUUGUGUGUCGUGCUGUCUCGAUGUGGGGACAAGCAAUGGGUUUGCUUCAUUCACUUUAAUUUAGCAGCUCUGCAGUAACUCUUAGCACUAGCUUUCAGAAGACGUAACGUCGGUUUGUGGGAAGUCCCACGAAUCAGGGGCUCUUGUACGAGGUGUGACUGGUUCGUCGUCCAACUUGGUGCUCUUCUCUAAUGAUCAGAUUUCCCUCUGUGACUUCAUCUUGCAAGGACCCCAUGGUCACAGUGUGAUCACGAGCACCACUUCAAUGUCCAGCACGGCAUCACUAUGAUGUAUCGUCAAUCACGGUAAACUGUAAACAAAUUGUAUGUUCUGGAAGCAAUCUCUUUCAUUUGCUUUGGGGGGGGGGGGCUGUGAUUUUGUAAGAUAAUUGUAGUGUAUCUAUAUUAGCGUUCAUGAGGAUGUACUUACUAUAUAUACACAUUGCGUUCUACCUUUGUCCUUUUUCAGGUGAAAUACAAUAAGAUGCAAAUGUUAAGAUAUAAUUACUAUACAACACAAAAAUAAGUUAAUGGUUACGUGCUAUGAAGGCGAGACCCCAGAUUAAGUGGUAAAUGAUACGCACCUUGCAUUGUUAGUGAAUUAGAUUUCCUUUAACACGCGAGUUCCGUUGCGCAAAAAAGGCACACUUUAAAUUAUUAGUGAAAUAUAUGUAAAUUAAUAACCUCUGAAAUAUAUUUGAGACCUUUUGCUGUUUGUAACUUGGAUUUCGAAUUUGCCACUCCUUAUUCAGCAGAAUGAUGAGCCCGAUGACCAAUCUGGGUUACCAGCCAAUACAUUUGUUUUGCCAUCUCAUCCUAGAAUAUCAUCCAUCAGUGCAGCAGAGAGGUGAGCGACAGACUUUUGAAGAAUGUUGAAUCACAGCGACAGGAUGGCAAGCGACGUUGCCGUUACAUUUUCACAAGUGCUGAAUUUUGGUUGUGGCAAUUUCAAUGGUGUGUGUUUACACGAGUAAUGUACCUGUGUAGAUGUUUAUUUUCUCUUUUCAUUUUACAGUUUGUCAUUUAAACAAAAUGUUUAGCUUAUUUUAGUGCUCAUUGUUUAAACCAAUUCAUCAUUCAUCAACUCAAAGCCUAUCAACAACGUGAAACUUUAAACAUUUAACAUUUCCAUCAGCAUGUUUUAAUAAACUAACCUGCAGCCCUGCAUUUCCAUUAUCUUAAUCUUGGGCAAAUUUUUUGUUGUUUGGCAUUAAAAUAAAAAGUGGUUGAUAGGCAUGUAUUUAAAAUCAAGUCCAGCAUUGAAGCUGGAUUCACUGCCAGGUCUCUUCAUGUGUGCCCCCCCAGUUGUAGGUUUAUCAAAUUAGGAUUCUUUUUUCUUCACUGUCAGUAGGUUUCAUGAAUACACCAUCCGUGUUCAUACGAGGUACUGGCAUUGAGCGCAAAAACCUAGCAUUCGGUCACGAAUACUUAAUUUCCUUAUCAACUAAGGAGUUUAAUUUGCGACAAACU